AUGAACUUGCUCCAUCCAACCAAUCCACCUGCUGCAACACCUCAGUUUCUGAACCCUCCCGAUCUCCAUCCUCGAAUCGCGAAUGUGUCACCAACCAUAACAGUACAGAGAGACGAGAUCUCUUACAUUGGACUCACGAUUCCAGCACAGAAUUCCGUACUUGGGAUGGGGAUAAAUAACGUCGAUCUUAGUAAUGGAAGUGUCGAGAACACUGCUUAA